CUUUCACCAAAUAUUCCAUAGAGACUUUAUGAUGGUAUUGCGGCAAUGCCUCUUGAGAUAGCAGAUUCGGACGCCGAGUCCGACUUCGAUUCGCCCGUCAAGCGACCUACCACUCACCAAGUUGGAGAAGAGAAUCAACCCCAGAGUCUGGCCUCACUUCCCACCAUCGAUUUCGAUGAAUACCUAGGUCCAACUCAAAAGCUCUCGUCCUCUGCCUCACACUAUCUCAAUGAUUUCAAUCAACUGGAUGGCUCCACGGACAUUACCUUUUCCAGAACAGCCGACCAACAGAUCACCACACUUUUCGGAGAAAUCCUACCGGGGAUGAAGUCUAAGAAGAGAGCCCAUAGUGCUUUACAAGACGGUCUUUCAGAGCCACAGCACGAGAACUCCAGGGAGAACUCGAAAGUGAAGAGGUCAAAAACGUAUGGCGCAGCAUCCAGGUCUCGCACUACUCAAGAUGACAAUUUGUUCGCACCGCCCUCAGAAUGCGCUCCGGACCCCAGGAAUUCAGAUCCCAACGAUCAGGAGGGGUAUGGAGCAGAUCAGGCAGUGUCGGACAUACAUACGAAGGCUGCUCGUCCGAAAACUCCAUUCUUGACUGGCACAAGCAACCAAAACGGGGUAAUUCCGCUCCUCGAACGAUCCUUGGCUGACUCAUCUCAUUGCAUGACCACAUCGACAGCCUCGAUGGGACAGUACCAAUCCAUUAAUAUAGACUUCCGGGGCUCGGGACAGGGACUGGACGUCAAUACAAAUCCGUUCGGAGCGUUGAGUCAAGUCUCAUUCGCGGAACAACCCAACCAAGAUAUGCCAGAAAAUCUCACGCACUUUAUCGAGGUUGACGAAGGCAGAUCGACUCACGUUGGUGGAAAUCAGAUUAUGGUCUCUGAUGACGAGCCGUUGCAAGUCCUAUCACAGCGGUCACCGCAAAGACCUCUGGCUAUUGACCCUGCUCAAACUAUGGGGGAAGGUGGAGCGGCAUCCCAUGCCGACGGAGACAGUCAUUUCCAAGUACCAGAUCUCACAAACGACAUACCUGAUCCUGCUACUGUGACGGAAAAUGUUGAAAUGUCCAUGGAGAAGGCAUCAGUGCCCAGAAAACGUGGCCGCAAAGCGAGGAAUUCUAGACUUCCUUCCAAAUCUCCUGCUCCCAGCAUCAAUGAGGAUACCGACGAUAUGGGUUUCUCGAUUUUGGCGACCGCGACCAGAGCUCGACGGGGAACAGUAGAGUCUUUGUCUUUGUCCCAAGCAUCUCAGACAUCUGCGACAGUUCCUCCAAGCAGGAAGAGAAAGAGAAGGAAAUCAAAUCAAAUCGAUGAAGAAGCACCCGUGGGAUAUCCUGCCGGGUCGUCCCCCUCGAAACACCCAACAAGCGAGCUCAAUCUUAGUGAUGAGGCCGAAAUUGGACUUCCAAAAGAAGCCUACAAGCCGCGUCCCAGUCGUACGCGAUCAAAGAGAUUUGUUGACGAGGAUGAAACUCUUCUGCCUGCACCGGUAGCCGAUGAGGAUCACCGUACCCCGGCAAAGAACAACAGCAACAACACCCUAGAGCAAGAGACCCCUCCCAUAAGUGCGGCAAAGUCUAGCACAAAAAAGGGUAGGAAGAGUAAAGUCAAGCGCGCGAAGACCUCUGCAGCGGCCUUGCUCAAGAGAGCAGAACCAAUGUUGAGUGAUGGUGAAGACGAUGUUGUCUGGAUGGACUCGAAGCCGGCGCCGGUGAAGUUGGACCUGCCACCUGACUUGAAAGCGUUGAAGAAGGAAUCUGAUGCCCCGAAGGGUGAGCAAGAGAAGGAACACAGACAGGAGAGCGAACAGACCAAAGGCGCUAAGAGCAGCAACAUCAUCAUCGAAAUUCCCAACCAUCCAGAGGUUAAGGACCCAGCAGUGGAGCCGAAGAAACGGGGCAGGAGGCCCAAGAAACCGGGACAUCAGCAACAGGAGCAAAAGAAUAAUGAAGAAACGGAAGAAGAACGAGAAUCAUACUCAAAGAGUCGCACACCGCUAGCCGAGAAGUCCAGGAACAUUGCCCCUGGCACAGACCAAAAUCUUCCGGACAAAGACCUAACAAAAGCGCCCACUUUCUCCCCAAUCACAUCUCCCGAGCCAGAGGCUGAGAAACACGUGCAGUCAGAAGAGAACGAGAUCUCAUCUAAAGGAAACAAGCCAAUCACCACACCAGCAAAGCCGGUUUCCAUUGCACCACCCUCAUCUGCAGAAAAGGGUCCGACAAAGCACUCCCCCAUCAACCCGCCGAGUCUUUCCGCUUCGGGGCGGAAAGUGAUCUACCGAGUUGGGUUGUCUCGCAGGCAGAAUAUUCCAAGCCUCUUGAGGAAGGUGGACAGAGAUAAACCACCGCCAAAGAAUGUGGUGAGGAAGGAGAAAGAAAGCAAGAAGAAGAAGAAAGAUGCGGACGCAGAUUAUGAGGGAGAGGAUGGGGUUGGGGGACCGGGGGAGAUGAGAGGCCCAGAUGGAAUGCUGAUUGAGUGGGAGUUCUAGCCCAAGGCUCUGGGGAACUCUUGAACCGCCUUGCGAUCCUUCGGCCAUUGUUUCUUUCUUACCACAUCCCCCAUGGACGACGAUCAGGUUGCUAUGAUGACGAGGUUCCCUCAGUGCGAUGACUAUCUAUAUAGUAUUCGAAUAUCCGACAUGCCUUUGUAGAGUAAGCAGAGCCGAUCGCGCCACGGCGUCUCGAACAGGAUGGUGAUUCCCAUCUGUUCAAUCUCUC